GCGGCUGGAAAUCUGCCUUGCUCGCGCCGGGAUAUACGUGUCAUGCAAGUUUUGCUUUUUCUGCAUGGUCGCUGUUUGUUUGCGGCGCCUCCUGGGGUGCGGCCGUGGUGGUUAUAAGUGCCUUUUUCCGUCCUGCGUCGCCAGUUGGACUUUGGCGAGCUGGAAUACUGCACUAGACCGCCACGCACCUUUGGCGCUUUUUAUAUUGCCCGACAGGUGACGGUUAUUCUCAGUUGUAUGCUAAAUGUCGAACGACGACACGCAGUCCGCACCUCCACUAGCUGGUGACGAAUGCCCGAACUCGAAUGGCCAGGCUCAUUUGGCACUACCGCGAGGCUGGAUGUGGGAGUUUGGCCGCAGCAGAUGCUUCCAAUAUCAUGGGCCGAUUCAGUUUGCGGUUAUUGAGUGUUGGGGCUACCAGGACGGCACAUCAUCAGCAUCACCCCGGACGGUGGUGCCCAGAUACGACGAGUACAGGCAGGACCAGAUCUUUCAACGACUGCAGGAGCCUAUUCCACUUCGCGAUGGUAAGCAACCAUCACUGGGCUUCCAGAUGGUGGCAGUUUCCCUCAACAGACGGCAUUUGCCACAGUUGGGUGAACCCGUCCUGCAAGCGCUGAAUGAAGCGCUGGGUUUACCGCAUAGCCAUCACCAUUGUUCUUCAUGGGCGUUUGGGGCAAUUGGGUUGUUUCAACUUCCAGAUGAUUCCUGGUUGUUGGCUCGACCGCGAACCUGGGCUCACGCCUCGACUACCACCAUGCUUCGUUAUGACCCUCACACCAACAUCAGCCGUGGGAUAUUUUACACUAAUGCCACAUUUUCAGACUUCAAAGGUAUCUUGGCGGAGUUUGAACUAUGUCCCCAUCCGCUCAUUCUGCCGCUUCUUGCUCUUGAAUUCAAUCUCCUUGCAAAGGUGGACGCCUUAAGGGAACACGAGAAUACCCUUCAAGAAGUCGAAAGAUCCACUGGGCACGGAGUCGAGGGUGAAGGAACGUUGAAAGACGGAUCAGCAGACUAUCGCGUUCUCGUGAAAAGCCUCAGCAGGGCACGCAGCGGGACACACACGGCAGUAGAAGAUCUGCAGUCCAUGGAGUGGUGCAUUGAAUUCAUUCUGAAGAAGAUAAAAUUUAUGGAUGACAGGCUACCGCCUGAUACACGUGCUAAGCUAGGCAAUUCUUCCAUGAGAUUGCAAGAACGGGCGGAGUUCAUGUUGAGUGCUACCCAGCAUGCGAUGUUAAGCGGUAAUAAGGAGCGGUUCGAGGCACAGCAUACGACACUCUUCAAUCUGAUUACCCAACAUGACAGCCUUUCCAGUAUGAACAUCGCCCAAGAUUCGCGCGAGAUUGCCAAUGCAAGUAGACACGACAGCUCAGCAAUGAAGGCCAUUACCAUCCUGGCGACUUUCUUCCUCCCGGGAACCUUUAUUUCUACGUUCUUUUCUAUGGAACUGUUCGACUGGGAUGCGCCGUCCAUCAGCCAAGUUGCAAAGCCUCACUUCUGGAUUUUCUGGGCAGUCACUGCACCACUUACGCUGAUCACCAUGGCGCUAGUUGUGAAGUGGGCAUUUGGAUAUUCGAUGAGGGCCAAAGAAACGGAUAAGGCAGGGAAGGCUGAUUUCAAACAGGCGAUUGCUGGUCAAGUGGAAAAGCUAAAGAGUGCCACUAAGAUACAGACGACGCAUGUGGUUUAAAACAACAGCAGUUGUGUUCUGCAUGUUUUAUAGCCCUUGGUUGCGCUUUUUGUCAGUGCCUAUUACUACCAUGAUCACAUUGCUUGCCUUGUUCGCAUUUUCUCAUAGUGCGGCUGCCAUUGAGGCCAGAAUCCUAGUCACCGCGAAGACUGUGGUCAAGCCACUGCGAUUGACAUUACCGUUCGUUUCUCUUGGAUGGGAUGGAAACUGCACUGGUCGCGGCUUCCAGAGUAGCAAGCUACAGUGAAGCGGGUGUUAUAAUGUUAUCGUCAAGGAGCAACAUUGAACAGCUGAGGUACACGGGACUUCCAGGUUGCUGGGCUUGUUCAUAGGAAUUAUAAUACAAGGUGUAUCCUAUUACAUCCUUUACUCU